AUGACUUCAAGACCGUCCAAGCGCCUCAAGCUCGACGGCGAACAACAUGGCUUGUCACCUACAACCCAGAUCGAUCGCGCUGUUGCUGCCGACCCGGCAUCUAUUCGCACCAGACGCGCUGCAUUCUUGGACUCAAUCUCACGAUCGAUCUCACCACCGCCAGUAUCUCGCUCUGGUGCCGCUACCCCCCAAGCAGGAAAGCAGACAACAGCCCCUACUGUCCAGGAGACAGAAGCCAAAGACCAACCCUUUAGCGAGGCGUCUUGUCGUCCGUUUCCGUCUGGCCGUGAACACGCUCACCCCUCCAGCAGGGGUUCUACAACCCUUGAGUCUACAACUCUCAAGUCGAAUUCGUCUCCAACCUUCAAAUCGAUUCCAUCGCCAUUCAAACUCACCUCCAUCCACGAUCUGCCCGGCUCGCAGAACAUCGACACCUUCUCACUGCACGACAUCCUAGGAAACCCACUGAUCAAAGAAGCAUGGAUCUUCAACUUCUGUUUCGACGUGGACUGGCUGAUGGACCACUUCGACGCCGACACGCGGGCCCAAGUGAAAGUGAAGAUCGUCCACGGCUCAUGGAGAGCAGAAGACGCGAACAGACUCGGGAUCGAAGACGCAUGCCGGCGCUGGCCCAACGUCGAAGCAGUCACGGCAUAUCUCCCCGACCCCUUCGGAACACACCACAGCAAGAUGUUCAUUCUAUUCACGCACGACGAUCUAGCUCAGGUGGUCAUCCAUACUGCCAACAUGCUCCACAAGGACUGGUCCAAUAUGACCCAGGCCGUCUGGCAGUCUCCUAUGCUGCCAAGGAAGAUGCCAAUCGCCCCCGUCGCCGGGAAACCACACACUGACGGCACCACGAUCGGCCGCAUCGGGACCGGGUCUCGCUUCAAGCACGAUCUCACCGCCUAUCUGGCCGCGUACGGCUCCAAGACGAAAUCCUUGAGGGAGCAGCUCGUCCAGUACGAUUUCGCAGCUGUCCGCGCGGCACUGAUCGCAUCUGUCCCGUCAAGGAUGCCGGACUGGUCAACCGUGCAAGUAGAUCCCAAGGGCCUCUGGGACCAGCAGCUUUGGGGAUAUCCGAGUCUAUUUCGUUCUCUCGAGUCAAUCUGUCCCACCGCCCAUCCCAAGGCCAAAGGUUCCCACCCGUCCUACAUCGACAAGCACGAAGACGCAAAUCCUCAUGUGAUAUGUCAAGUCUCCUCCAUCGCCACGCUGCCUGUCCCCUGGCUGAACCAAUUCUUCCCGGCCCUCUGUGGCCAGCACAGCCGUGACAAACCAAAACCCACAACAACAACAACAACAACAACACCAUCAGCAAAGCAAACGCAAACGCAAACGCAAACGCAAGCCUGGACCAACAACAUCUCAAUCAUCUAUCCGACCCCUGCCAACGUCGCUGUCUCUCUCGACGGGUACGCCUCAGGCGGCUCCAUCCACACGAAGGCCCAGACAGCAGCGCACUUGAAACAAAUCGCCACCCUACGCAAAUCGCUGUGUCAGUGGACCGAGGGACCCAAUCCGGAGACCAGGGCGGGGAGACACCUAGCAGCGCCACAUAUCAAGACAUAUGUACGGUUUCGCGCCAAACCGACGACCGAACAUCCCGCCCCGGAUAUCGACUGGGCGUUGAUGACGAGUGCGAAUCUGUCGACGCAGGCUUGGGGCACGUUGCGGGAGAAGGGGAAGGAGAAAGGCAAGAAUAAAGACAAAGAUGGCGGAAAGGAGAAGGAGAAGGAGGUCGUCGUGCAGAGUUUCGAGAUUGGUGUGUUGGUUUGGCCGGAACUGUAUGAUGAUGGGUUUAAUGAUGAUGAGAAGGAGGAAGAAGAAGACAAGGAGGAUAUGAGACCUCUCCUCAACAACGUGGAAUUUGACAGUGGUGAGACCAGAGCUGGGGACGGUUUGAAGAUGCCCGGUCGUGGUAUCCAUGGCACGAAUACUCCCCCUCCCACUUCCACAUCCUCUACUUCCACAUCUACCGUCACCACCAAGAGGAGGAAGAAUCACAAAGUGAGGAUGGUCCCGGUGUUUGGAACAGAUACACCAUCCCGGUCGGGGCCGUCAUCCUCAUCAUCACAAUCUCAUCAGGACGGUAGUGGUGACCAGACGCAGAGCACGACUUCCACGACUCUCGUCGGUCUCCGAUUGCCGUACGAUCUCCCACUCACGCCGUACACGGACGACGACAUGCCCUGGUCGCCGCAGGGAGUCUACAAUAUGCCGGAUCGCCAUGGGAGACGGUGGCCGAGGGACUUUUAUUGA